CGUACCGGUGUGCCCAAGGCCUGGUUGUCCAGAGCAGCUUUUCCGCUCGCUCCCUGCAGGAGGAUCCUUGCACCCAAGGAGUUCUCAGCAGACGGCCUGCACGCCGAGAGGAGUCUUGCUUUUCCCCUUGGCUGGCAUUCAGUGUGCAAACCCGCAGAGCACGGCCAAAAUGUUCGGGCAGGUCUGUGCUGCGGUUUGCACCAUCUUUUCUGUUGCUUAUUCUGGAUAUUACCUGACCCACCUGACUCGUCACCUCACACGUGGAUGGAGACAAGCCUGUGCUUUGGGCUCAGCCGCAGGGUCAGCGCCUCGUCUGGCUGGCACUGUUACUGAGGGAGAGGCUGAAGAGGAGCAAAACAGCAUCAAGCCUCCAGCUGCUGUCCCUCCACAGGCUGAACUUGCAGAGCCACUCAAGACAGGCUCUGCGAUUCAACCUGGCUCUGGACCAGCAUCGCCUGCAGCAGCCAGCUCUCCCCCAGCUGCCAGCACUUCAUCCAGCAGCCCAGCCCAGCAGCCCGAGAUGAGAGAGGAGCAGGGCCUGAAGACACUGAGGAGCAUUGUGAGUCUGGGCGAGCCAAUGAAGAAAUACAGGGCAUUUGAAGAACUUGGACGAGGGGGCUUUGGAGCGGUUUAUAAAGCCCUCGACACCAGCACAGGACAACAGGUGGCCAUCAAGAUAGUGUCUCUUCAGGAGAAGAUGUCCGAGGAGCUGGCUGUCAAUGAAAUCCUGGUGAUGAGGGACACCAGGAAUCCCAAUAUUGUCAGCUACUUAGACAGCUACCUGGUGGAUGCGGAGCUCUGGCUGGCGAUGGAGUUCAUGGAUGGCGGCACGUUGUUUGAUGUGCUCAGGGCAGUGUACCUGGAGGAAGGAGAGAUAGGCGCCGUCUGUCGGGAGUGCCUGCAAGGACUGCAUUUCCUCCAUUCCCGCCGAGUCAUCCACAGAGACAUCAAAAGCUGCAACGUUCUCCUGGGCAUGGACGGAUCUGUCAAGCUGGCUGACUUUGGCCUCUGCGCUCAGCUCAGCCCUGAGCGCAGCAAGCGCAGCUCCAGAGUGGGCACUCCCAGCUGGAUGGCCCCGGAAGUGGUGAGAGGAGAAGCCUAUGGCCCCAAAGUGGACAUCUGGUCCCUGGGGAUCAUGGGGCUGGAAAUGGUGGAAGGGGAAGCUCCUUACGAGAGGAUAGCCCGUGUCAGGGUUUUUGAACUGAUAGAAAUGAACGGGCCCCCAAAACUGCAGAACCCCAGGCACCACUCGGCUCUCCUGCGCGACUUUCUGCGCUGCUGCCUGCAGGCAGACGAGGACAGGCGCUGGUCUGCCCAGGAACUCCUGCAGCAUCUGUUUGUGACCUCAGGCGAGCCAGCCUCCAGCCUGGCUGCUCUGGUCGCCUCAGCCAAGCAAGUGCUGGAAGACUGGAGAGGAGACGCUUGCGCCUGAGGAGGCCCUUGUGCCGUGCCAGCUCAGAGCAGGGGCAAGGGGAUGUAUUGCGUUUAAACAGAGAUUCAGCCAUCCCCUGACUUUUUAAUAAGGGGCUGUGCUGUAGAUAGGAAAUUUAAUGGUUUCAGAAUUUUCUUAGUUAAGCUGGGUUCAAUUUAAGCUUUAUAGAGUGCAAGCCUCCCUUUCCCUGCCCCUUCCCUAGAACAUUCCCUGUCACUCCUUCUAGUGUCUUCCCCUUCUUCCAGAGUGGUCCCUGUCCAUUUAGUUACACUCAACACCCUAAUGGUUACUUUGUGUUAUACCACUCCCCUAUUUCCCCUGACAGGUUUAUGAUCUGUUAGUCCUGCCUUAGACCCCUCCCCAGGUCUACCCUUAUUGGUUAUUGUUCCUACUCCCCGCCUCCUGAGUUCCUGUAUAAAACCUUUGUUUGCCCUCCCAAGCUGAUCUUGGGGCUCCAUAAUCUUCACUGAAUAAAUCCAUCUUGUUACACCCCAAGAUCCGUGUCACCUCCAUCUGUCCCCGUGCCGAUAACUGGGAUUGCAGAGCUUGCAGGGGGACGGCCACACCUCUCUUCCCUUGCCGCCCAGCACACCACUCGGGGUGUCGUGAGGGGACGCGACACAAAAGUCACAGUUAGAGCUAAGCAUGAUGCUUGUCUUCCUCCUGCUUGUUUAAUACACAUCUUUGUUUCUAGGCCUGGUGAUUUUCCAGGAUGCUACUGCCAAGGAGAAAAUUGUCACUAUUGCUGGUUUUGACAUUGCUUUUUUGUAGAAUUUUGAUCUAUAUCUACAGUGAUCUACAGGAUCUGAGUCUUUGACAUGAAGUUCCUUCAAGCAACAUUUCUAAGCAUAGUGGGCAAUAAAGUCCAGAUACUA